AUGUUUGAUAAUUAUGGCCAAUUAAUAUUUUCGUCACUUAGUCGAAAUCAAGAUAAUAUAUGCGAGCAGUCAAAUACACUUUCCCCAAUUGCAAAUAGUUUUGUUAAAACAAUUCAAAUGUGUUUUAGAUUUCUUCGACAAUCAAUUGUAACUUACUGUAAUAUGAGGAAGGCCAAAGUAUUAAAAAAAGUCCCUACAUGUGCAAGUAGUUUUUCGAUGAAUUCUUAUUAUCGUUAUCCGUAUCCAGAUAGUACAAUAACUGAUUUAGCGCAACUACAAAGACUGAAUGAAAUCGAUUUGCAGUGUGAUAGUACCGGUUUAUUUUAUUGGGUAACUGAGAGAAAAUUUUCAAAUAUAUGUUUGACGAUGAAAGAAAUGAUUCGCUGUCAGUUUGAAAAUCAUAUCAUUGUAUGCAUCAUGAAACAACCUAAAGAAAUAAAAUCAGGUUUAGCUAGUUUUGUACUUCCACUCAGAUCAACUUCGAUACCGGUCGAAGAAUUGAAACCAAUAAUUAUUUUGUGUGAAGCUAAAGUUAUUGAAAAUGAAUGGCGAUCUCUGAAAAAUCUCCCAAAUAUCUAUGUCUUUUCAGGAUCACCAUUAAACAGAGCAAAUCUUCGAGCUGCCGGUGUUGAAAGAUGUUCAACUUGUGUUGUACUCUCAUGUUCAUUUGAUAUUUCUGGAAAGCCAUCAUUAAUGAUAGAUAAAGAAAGUAUCCUAUGUACUUUGAAUAUUCGUCAAUUGUUAGCUGAUGCACAUAAAACAAAUAUUUUAAAUAUGACUGAACACAAUCAUCCUAUGCUUGUAACUGAGCUUUAUGAUGUAACCAAUGCAAGUCUUCUAUCAACUAAAUCAAAAUAUGGAAGUACUUACUUCAAUCCAUUAAUUGCCUCAGGAAAUAUUUUCGAAUCUAAUGUCUUGCAUAGUCUUUCAUCAAAUGUACUAUUCGAUCCAACUGUAAUAACAUUUAUUGAGACAAUUUUAGGCGGUGGACCAGGUCAUGAAGUAGAAAAGGUAUUUGCUAUAGAUAGUGGUUUCUUUCCAGGCUUAAAGGGACAACCAGUCAGUACUUUGACAUUUCCAGGUUAUCUAACUGGUAAUAUACCAAGUCAAGUUGAUGAUAAAAACGAAAGUAAUCGAUUAUAUUCCAGUGAAGUACAAAAUACUUUGUCAACUACUGGUUCUAUCUCUGAUUUUCUGAAUAAUGAACACAAUAAAUCAUUUUUAAAGAAGAACUGUUUAAGCGGAAAUAUAUCCCAGUUUGAUGGACAAACAAGAUCACGUCAAUCAAGUGACUGCUAUGUAGAAGAACUUUUGAAAGAGAAGACAGAUUCUAACUAUAUAACAGCAGGUAAUGAACAAAUAAAUGUAAAAAGUUUUUUAAGCUAUAAAACUGAAACAGGCGAAGCGAUUGCUGUUCGGCUAUCCCAACUUCGUUUAAUACCCCUUAUGGAAUUGGAUAAAGAACUUCAUCAUCUAGCUUCGCAGAAAAUUCUGACUUUCAGUCAGUUAUUUCAUGCUGAGUUGGCAAGUACCGGAACAAUAUCAAUCGGCCUUUAUCGAAGUGUUGAAGCUAGCAAUAAUAUGGAUGAAUGUUUGUCAUGUAAAAACAUAUACCUUGAAGCAAGUGGAAAAAUCGAAAGAUUUGUUUACACAUUACCAGAACCUACAACUCCAAUAUACCCAAAUGAUAUGAAAGUUCAAGAAUGUGCAAGCUUCCUAGUUAAAUUCUACGGUAUAACUGAUGUUAGAAUAGCAGACAAGGUGAAACGUCGUACAAUUAAUUCAUCUCAGUAG